UCAACCAAGAAUCAUAUCACAUUCUCUUCUCAAAAAAACAACAAACAACCAUCACAACUAUCAUCAUCAUCAUCAUGCUUCGAUUUACAAUUUGUUUGGCUUUGAUCGGUAUGGCAACAGCUACCGGUUAUAUGCCAUCAUCAAUGUGGAGUGGUGGUUCAUAUGGUAGCAAUUCAUAUGGUCGAAAAUAUCUUUCCGGUAAUUCAUGGUCCGGUAAUUAUGGUCUUUUCGGUGGUAAUUCAUUAUUGAUGGCUAAACCAUCAUCAUCAUUAUUAUUGAAUACUGGUUAUUUGGCUGCUGCUCCAGCAGCACAAUAUUAUUAUGCUGCUGCUCAACCACAACAACAAUUAUUGUCGCAAAGUUAUGAACAUAGUGGACCAAUUGUUGCUGCUGUUAAUACUGAACAUAAAGUAUCAAUGUAUGAUGUACCAACAACAUUAUCAACAUCACCAGCAUUGAAUAUUGAAGUACCAUCAUCAGCACCAACUGUUAAUUUUUUGAUGAAAUCCCGUUCAUCAAACAUUAAUGUUGAAAGUGUUCAUGAAGGUACUGGUGGAUCAUUGAAAGAAACUAGUUCCGAAGAUCAACCACAUAUUAAUCGUCAUACUGUACAUCGACCAAUUGUACAAGAAGUACGUGAAAUUAUUUCACCA